CACCAGUCACGUGACCACUUUCUCCUGCGGUAAUGUGAAGGAAUCGCCUGAAAAUGCGGAAAGCAAAGAUUAUUUAUACUUUAGUCUUCUUCUUCUCCCUUCUCCAGCAGUCGUGUUGUGAGGUUAAUUCCCUCACUGGCUAUUUCCUCGGCUCUGAAGGCCUCGGCCUUCCCCGUUACAUAGAGAGACUCGUUGCGAAUGAUGCCACUGUCUUUUACUAUGACAGCAACAUGCAUUCAAGAGCACCAUGUCCCGAUUGGCUCAACACCACAGCUGGUCAAGCACUCUGGAAAGAGAUAAGUUUUAGAUCACAGGACAGCACGGAAAUUAUAGCUGUGGCACUCCAAACAGCCAUCAAGCAGUUCAAUCUCACAGGCACCUUAUCAGAUAUUAAUGUAUAUCAAGCCUACAUUCAGUGUGCCCUCUAUCCAGAUGGCACAGUCAAGGGAUUGUUAACUCACGGGUUCAAUGGGAUGGACUUCGUAAGUUUAGAUAUUGACAGUAAGGCAUUCAUCGCAUCUGUUCCUCAAGCCGUCAAAUAUAAAAGGAUUCGGGAGAAGGAUAUUGACUAUCUAGUGUCUUACUACAAAAAGACCUGUUCUGAUGAACUUAAGAUUUACUUAGAGAAUUCUCCUGCAGUCAACGUGAAGAAAGCUCCAGAGGUCAGGAUUUUUGAGAACCAGAGAGCUGAUUCCACUCUCCUCACGUGUCAUGUGACUGGGUUUUACCCCAGAGCAGUGCAGGUGAAGUGGAUUGGCGCAGAUUUACAGCAGGAGGAUCUCGAGACGAACAAUGUUCUGCCUAAUGGUGAUGGUACAUAUCAGACCAGAAGGAGUGUGAUCAGACCUGAGGAGAACACAGGAGAUCAGCACUACAGCUGUGUAGUGUAUCACAGCAGCGUCGAGGGAAAUAUUACAGUCACCUGGGGUAAAGAAGAGAAACUCUUCCGGCUUCCUGUUCUGAUGAUCCUUGGCUGCAUUUUCAUGGUUGCUGUAGUUGGGCUUGUAAUACGAUGCUUCAUUAAAAGUAAAGACACUGUGACCUGAAAGUGACGACUCAUGAGAAGAUCGAGCUAUCUAUCCUCAACCUCCUACAGUCCUCAGGUCUAGCCAUUUCUUCUCGGAUAUUUGCACAAAUCUUCUCUUCAUGAAGCUCAAUCUAACUGAAGGAUAAGAAGCCUUUUUUCUUCUCUUUUUGUCCUGCUUUUCUUACAAUACCUGAAGCCCAGUGUGAGCCACAAAUAAGCUUUUAAACUAUUUUUGUCAUGAAUACUUUUAAAGCAAAUGGUUUAUGAAAAUAGUUGAAACGAUCUAGCAUUUCUUAUUAGAAGAAUACAAGACGUCAGAUUAUUAAACCUAGUUCUAGAUUGCAACCAACUUCUUCCAAGAUGUCUUGUCAAAUAAAAUUAUCUGCCCAUGCAGCAAGAUAACUUCACGAGUAUGAAGUAAUUUUCUCCUCAAAUUCAGUUUUCGAUUUUUUUGCAGUGCACACAGGCAUAAAGAAUGUAUUCAUUACGUUAUCAUUCACACAAACAUUAAUUCUCAAAGUGUUUUAUAGUUUUGCACAACUUCAGCAGAAUUGAAUGAGCCAUUUUACAAUAACGGAUGUAUUUGGUUCUCAUUUUAAAAAUCUCUGGGCAUAUUUUAAUCUGAUCAGAGUAGUGAGGGGUUUUUUGUUUGUUUGUUUGUUUGUUUGUUUGUUUUAAAUCUCUGGAUAUUUUAACUUAGGCUUACAGGAACAACCAUCUAUUGCUGUUACUUUCAUAAAUCACAUAUACCGUAUUGGUCCUAAUAGAAGAGCGCGCCCUAAUAGAAGAUUGCCCCCCUAUUUUAAGAAAAAAUUCCCGCGUGAUUUUGUCAUUUCCCCCAGAGAUUUUCCCUGUAGACUAUACUUUAUCAAUUCUUUGUGAACAAUUCCAUGGGAAAAAAACCUGUAUUUAUUUUUUAUGCUCACAUUUUCGUUCAUUAACAAACUCGAACACGUGCAUGUAUUAAAAUAUUACACUAGUAGCAAUACAUCAACUUGUAACAAAACAUAAAAUGGCACUUCAAAUGAAAACAAAUGUAAACAUAAUAAGCGUGUGGUGUACCCCAAAACAAAAUAUCUAUUGACACUUUGGAUAAGACUAGUGUAGCACAAUAGAGAAUAUCAAAUGACACUCUGGACAAUAAUGCAAAAUAUUAAAAUGGCACUUUGGAUGAACUCAAUAUUAUCACAAAAUAAGAAUACAGUAUUCUCUACCCGCAACAAAAUAUCAACUGACAUAUGCAUGCAAGACUAGUUGAAGUAUUUCAAACUACAACAUUUUUAAUAUGGAAACAUCAAUUGUUUACUACCGUACAGGAACUACAUGUACCAAGCAACCAAACACUUCAAACACUAUCAAACUUAUCUAUGGGUACAUGUAGACUUGUGUGCUUAGGGUCGUUGUCUUGCUGCAUGACCCACCUUCUCUUGAGAUUCAGUUCAUGGACAGAUGUCCUGACAUUUUCUUUUAGAAUUUGCUGGUAUAAUUCAGAAUUCAUUAUUCCAUCAAUGAUGGCAAGCCGUCCUGGCUGCACUCGAACCAGAAAUGGUCAACAACAGUGUAGAUUGUCAGAUUGAAUCGUUCACCUCAAAAAUUGUCAGUUUAAUAACAUCUCCAGGCACACCAGUAAAUGUAUAUCGUGCAGGAAUUUCGAGUCCGACACCUGUAUUCCGCCGUUUACCGAUGACCGCAGCUGUAAUCACCCCACCCCGGGCAAUGAAAUACCGGCACACUUUCGAGUGUUCUUUGGGGAUGUGGCCUACAGUUUUAUCCUGGCGAACAACAGCGACAGCGUUUUUAUCAAAUGGAUUUUCUUCUAUUCGACACUGCAAUGUUUCACCUAUUUCUGGUUUCCACACGUGUUGGUAAACAUGAAAACCUCGCGCGCACAAAUCCAACUCAAACUUGGCAGCCAUGGAUCUUCAUGCGCAUGCACGGUCGUUGCUUCCUAUUGGGUGGUGGUAAAAUUCAGAAACUGUCAAAACCGCUUCAAGCUGAUCAUAAUGUUUCAGAAACGAAAACAUGCACAUCGACCGAUAUUCAGGGCUCAAAAUUCGUGUAUUUUUUCACCAGCCAGCCGGACUAGUUACCUUCUAAAGUAACUCGCCAAACAAAAAAUCAACUCGCCAAAAUUUGUUCAUGUAUGAAUUUUACUUCUGUCAAAAAUAACAAAAAAAGAGAGUAGUUACCAUUGUUCAUGACUAAUGUGCAUUUAUUUCAAGAACCGGAGUAUUUUGAUACUGUUGUUAAAUACAUAAAUGAGAACAACACAGAGCACCAUAAUAUAAUAUCAACAAAUAAUAAUAUAUUGGACUUUUUUCCCCAUCAGUGGGGGGGGUUCUGCAGGUUGGGAUGUCUGUAAAUCAAUCAGGAUGCUCUUUGUUUAGCAUGCGCUUCAUGAACAGGCACACACGCAGUCUCUCUCUUGCACUCCCUCGCGCACUCCGUCAUAUGCGUGAUGCAUAUGUACAUUAAUGUUUCGCGUGUACACUUUUGCUCGCUUGCUCUACAUUCCGGGAGAUAUUCUCCAAUUUGCGGGCAUCAGGGGGAGCCACUAUCAAUAUGCGGGAGACUCCCGGAACUGUCUGUUAUAUGUCUGUUAUAUGCAUGCGCAGUAGUGAAAAAACCAACAGCCUGACCGUCCUGCCGAUAAACACCGAUUAACACCAACACGGCACACGCUUAAUAUGUGGCGGCUUUAGUUGAUGGCAGGGGCGUAUCACCCGCGGGGGAUGUGUACGUUUCAUCCCCCCCACUUUUGUUGAAACACAAUUUCAUCCCCCGCACUUUUGUCAGAUUAAAAUGACAUCAUUAUGAAAAUUAUACAGCUACUAUAAAAUGUGUAACAACAAGAAAGUAAACUAUUGCCAUAACGUUAGACAAAAAACAGCCACGCAACGGACUCAAAACAGUUUUUCUCACCCGACCAAUCAGCAGUUGCGUGAAUAUAAUAGCCAGUUUGCGUAGCGUGCCGAAAGCGCUCAAUAAUACAGUAUCUGUCUGCAGAGCUGCAGAGCCAACACCAGUUUUACCGCUCCUGAUUCACCGUUCCAGAUUUGACGUCGCAUGCGGUGCUUACUGUGCCUGGCUCUGCGGCUCUGCACACAGACCCUUCUCAAAGCGCUUGCGAUGCCGUCGUUCAAACAGUUGUCCCAGGUGCCAUGCCCUAAAAGACUGUGUUAAUUUACAAAUUGUGUUAAGUUACAAAUGAUUGCUCAACAAUUUGUUUCCUAUAAGGAGCAAAGAAAAAACACAUUUGGUUGUUUCAAACACAAUAGUGUGUCAGGGUAAAGUAAGGUUGUCAGGAUUUGUUGACAGUGAUGUUAAAUAGUAGUAGUUACUAGUUGUAAAGUCAGUUGAGGCAAGUUUUUUAUUACGAGUGUGUGUGUUUGUACCAAGUCUACUUUUCAUGCAUUAUAACUGCUUAUCACUUUUUAGAAGAGUUUUUCAAUUGAGAUUUAAAGGCAUUUCAAAUCGAAUGAAUGUUCAAUAAUUGUUGUACAGUAAUGUUAUUUGGCCAUUAAGUGUUUGUUGUAUGUGUAGUCUAUUGCAUCAUUUUCAAAUUUUAUGCAUUAAACCUGAUGUAAUGCAUGAUGCAAACAAGUUUUGUACAUGAGUUUGAAUAAUUAAAGACAUUAAAAGCAGGAACUGCCCCGUCUUAUUUGAAUGCUAUACUAAAGAGGUCCUUCCAGGAUGCUGCGCUUCUCCAACAUGAACUGAUUAGCCAUGCCUCCUGCUCACACAAAGCGAUCCCAGUCCAAACUGUUAUGCAUGAUGGUGUAUGAUCUAUACACUGUGUAUGACUUCUUGGGCUAUGUGAAGUUUUUGGUUUUGUUUAUAUCAGUGUAUACCAGUGUAGGCAGCAAUACUGACAUCUCUGUUAUAGAACAGUAUCCUGUUACCUAGAAUUAUCACUCAAUACUUUUUGCCUUCACUUACUGAAUAAUUACAUAGCCCUGGCAGGAACAACACCAAAACCCAACAUGAUAGAUCUCUGCAUGAAAUGCAGAACUUGGCUGGAGUCAACUGGAUUUAUAGGCUUUCUGCUGUCCUCCCUUUCAUUUGCAUCCAUGGACCAUGGGUAUGAAAAAGUUCCAUAUCGGUCAUUGACAGUACAUCACAGUGUACACGCCGGGCGUGUAUAUAGCCAUAAACCGAUUUCUAAUGAUAUGGCUUCCCCAUUCCAGAACACCCCCACUUUUGGAAAGCUUGAUACGCCCCUGCCCGAGGCCCAGUCUGAGCCACAAAUAAGCUUUAAAAUAUUUUUGUCAUGGAUAAUGGUUUAUAAAAGCCAGACUACCCAGGCAUAAAGAAUGCACUUUAGCAUUCACAUGAACAUUAAUUCUCAUUGUUUUAUAGUUUUGCACAACUUCAAUAGAAUCAAAUGUUUUUUGUUUUACAAUAACAGACGUAUUGGGUUCUCAUUUUAAAAAUCUCGGGUCGUUGUAAUCCGAGUAAUUUUUUAAAAACCUCUGGAUAUUUUAACUCUUUAGACUCACAGGAACAACCAUCUACUGCCUUUACUUUCAUACUGACAGACAUGUCCUUUUAGGUUCACUGUAGCUAGUGAAGAAUAUAUUUUAAGAUAAAUAACUGAAUGAUAGAAGCUCUUUGAGGAAGGUGUAUAUGAAGCAUUAGGAAGGUCAUAUUGUAUUACUGUGCUUGCUAUGUCAUGUCUUUUUACUGGUCUAUGAAGCAAAGCUCACUCCCAGAUGAAAUAUUGUCAGUUAUUAAUGUUUUUAUUCAGCCAUUAGGAGGCAGUAAAGCCUCACUGACUAUUCUGAUCAAAUCACUGACACAGUGAACAGUGUGCUGUCUGUGCGUUGUGAUUGAUGGUGGGUGUUGGGUUGAGAGAUUUUACAUCACUCCCUUGUGAUAUGACUCGGAGUAAAUCAUCAGAUAACAAUACAGGAGAGAGAGAUUUAGCAUUCACCCUGAUCAACAGCCUGCACACGCUCAUGAUGGGUUUCUGUGUGUCUAGUUAGUGUGCGUGUGUGUAGGGUUGGGGUUUUUUGGUCAUGGGUUGUUGUUGUUUGUCUUGUACAUUCAUUUUUGCAUCCUUUUAUCCAUUCUCAAUGUGUUUCAUUUGGUAAACCCUGACACUAUUGUCUGUCUUUUCUGUUUGUUGUUUUUUUCCCCUUUCUAUGAAAUGUAAACACCUGUAUUUAUCAGAAAUUGAUUUUAUUUUGUGUGUGAUUUUUUUUUUUUUUAAUUUAUUUGCCUAAGUCUGAUUAAGUCCAGGAACAUCGAGCUAGAGCACGAGUUUUUAUUUAGGGUCCAGGCAGUGAGUGCUAGCUCGCUUAAAUGAAUGAUGAUUGGGUAUGUGUAGCUUAGUCUAUUACUCAGUAAAGCUAAAUUUAUUGGUGGUGUUUUUUUUUUCUUCAGUGAAUUAUUGUUUUUUUAAUUAAUUGUUUUGGAUUUUUUUAAUGCGUUCACUUAACUUGACAUUAUUUACUAUUUUACUUAGUUGAAAAAGUUAAAAAAUAAUUAAUAAAAAUGGCACUCGA